ACUGCGGGCGGCAGGGCCUCGAGAGCUCGAAGCACGUUCGAGAGGGAGGAGGCGGAGCUAACGAGGAGGAGGCGUGGCUCGUCCCCUUAGCAACCCAAGGUUGUGGAGACCGUUGCUAGGCGCCAGGAAUGCUGCGCGUCCUACAUCCUUCCCCAGCCCGGAGCAUCCUCUUUCGGCCUCCCUGCUCCGGCGGGACCGCUGCGGCCGGCCAUGCACUCCCGGGCCGAGGCGGGCGCGCUCCAGCGGAGGCGCUACCGGGAGCUGCAGAGGCAAAGCCGGAUCUUUGAUGCCCGGGCCAGGACCAUCGGGAUUGACAAGGAAGCUUUGGACACCCAAGUAAAAGACAAAAAGAUUCAAGAAGCAGUUCAGAGGGCCCAUGAUGAUUCAAUUGCUGCAGAAAUGAAACAAAAUGAUAAGGUCCUCUCUAUGUUGGAUCAACGGCAGAAAAAGGAUGCUCAGAUUCUAAAUAAAGCUAUCAAUGAAUUUCGUCAAAAUUACCAGAAGCCAGAAACGCGGCGUGAAUAUGAGCUGUCUGACCCACAAGGCCUGCAGAAGGAUACUGCUGCUCGCCUUGCUGACAGCGACCCUCGCUGUACCAUAUCCAGCUUGCAGAAUUUCAUGGGAGAAGAUUUAAACUGUACGAAUAGGUGGAGAUUCCAGCAAGAACAAACGAGAGAGUGGCUUUUGCAGCAGGAAAAGGAGAAGCAGAACGCGCUGACGGAUGGAAAAUGUGCAGAUGAUCUUCAUCUCCAACGCCGACUGGAGCUAGAUCAGAAGGCCAUGGAUCUCCAAAGAGCAGAUGAGGAAACCAGAAGAGCUAUUUGUAUCACUACUGCAGAAUUCAAUAAAGCCCUGGCUGCUGAAACCGAGCGUAGAAGAAGACUUGAAAAACAGCAAGAAGAAGCAGCAAAAGAAAGGGACAUUCUGAACCAGCUUCAGGGGGAUCUGCUGACUGAAAACCCACAGCAAGCUGUCAGCUCCUUUGGGGCAAAUCGCAUCAUCACGGAUCGAUGGAAAGGGAUGAGCCAAGAUCAGCUGAAAGAAAUCCGUGAUAUUCAGCUGCAGCAAGUGCUGGAGAAGCUGAGGUUGGACGAAGAGGAUCGCCAGAGAAACACGGAAUGGGACCGGAAGCGGAUCCAGGAGGCCAGAGCUGAGUUGCUCUAUGAACGCCACCAGCAACGUCAGAAUCGGGACCUGCGGAGAGCCUUAGAUAAUUUUAAUGCCCAGCUGUCCCAGGAGCAGAAAAACAGGCAAGCAUAUAUUAAUGAAGGAGUAUAUACAAAUUUUCCUUCUGGCCAGUAUUACACACAGUUUAACACAAUUAGCCGGUGAUGUCGGAGCUGAUACUCACUCUCAAAUAGGUGUGUAGACGAUAUGUUUGUAAAAAUAUUUCUACUUUCUUCAUUUAUAUAAUA